UUAAAGUAAUGCAAUAACUUGCCCUAUGGGUGGCAACCUUAAUUUUCAGAGUGAUCACACGAUGAGUUCCUCAAUCUUCCUCCUAUACUGCCUUCUCAUACUCUCCCUACUUCUCUCUCAACACACAAGCUAUUCUCAAGAUGUGAUGCCAACUCGGAAGUUAGGUAUUUCAGGCAUUGCCCAAGAUCACAUGCACCAUGAAAUCCAGGCAGCAGAUGAGGCAAUGGAAAGUAACCCGGCCAAAGAAGAUUCCAUGGAAGUAAUACUUACCAGCGACGGUUACGUUCCUCCUCGUGAUCUUGUCUACCAUACAGAUUACCAUGGAGUAACAACUCAUCCAACUCCUAAACAUCCCACACCAUAGGCUGCAGUUUUAAUUUUGCUUGGUGAGAGAUAUAUGCAGUUAUGUAUCCUAGUUUUUAUUCAUAUGAAAUGUGAUGCUCACUAUAUGGAAAGAUCAACAAGUUUAGUUUAUAUGCUAAGAUUACAUGAUACAUUUUCA